AUGUUUGUCCAGCUGUUAAGUGUUACCACUGUAUUGUUUUUAAUACUAAUUUAUAAUGCGGCAAAAAAGUUUUACAAAUUUCGUAACAUAAGACAACAGGGUCUAUGUAUAGUUUAUGGUCUACCGUUUUUGGGAAUUUUACAUAAAUUUAUACCGUUUGAGAAAUUUUUAUAUGUUUUGGGUUCAUAUUUUGAGAAAUUAAAUUCUUGGUCUUAUAUGACGUGGUUUGCAAAUGUACCUUUAAUUAUAACAAUUGAUACGGAUGUCAUUAAACACGUUCUGAACUCCGAUGUGUUUCUAAAUAAAUCUUGUGUGAUAUAUGAUACAAUGACUGAAGCUAUAUCCAAUGGCAUUAUUACCAGUAAAUAUUUCAAAUGGAAACAUAAUCGUAAAUUAAUGAAUCCCUUAUUUGCUCCACAAAUCAUACAACAAUUUAUAACGAAUUUUAAUAAAUGCUCUCAAAGGAUUUCUCAAUAUUUUGAAUCCUUAAGUAGUGGAGAGGAACAUGCAGUAUUUGAUCGCAUAAAACAGGAAGUUUUAGAAAUGGCUAUGGACACCACUAUGGGUACAGUUCGUGCUGAAGGUGAAACCAUCGAUCAAAAUUUGGGAAACAAUUUUAAUAAAUUAUUUGGAAAAAUGAUCAUUGAUAUUUCGUUAUCUUUUGUAAAACUUUCAUUUCUAAUAAGAACAUCCAGUUUUUAUAGAAUCAAGGACAAUUUAAAAGCCUAUAUUGAAAAUUUAAUUCAGCGCAAAAUGGACUCAGCCAGUGAAACUGAGGACAAGUACUUUCUAGAUCGAGCUAUCAAAUAUCACCAGCAAAAGUUAUUUGAUAAACAUGAUGUGAUAACAGAAACCUAUACCAUGAUUAUAGGGUCUUUUGAAACCGUUUCUACCACCUUAUACUCCAUCAUUAUAAUGUUGGCUAUGCACCAAGAUGUUCAGCAGAAACUUUAUGAGGAAAUGGUACAAGUAAUCGACGAUACCGAAAACAUAGAUUAUAAACAUUUGGAUCAAUUGCCCUAUCUAAAUAUGGUUAUCGAUGAAACCUUACGCCUAAUGCCUCCUAUACCUUUAAUAGGACGUGAAUCAAUGGAAAAUUGUCAUUUAACCGAUACUAUCGAACUGCCUAAAGGUUUUCAAAUAUUAAUUUCCAUAUUUCAUUUACAUCGACGUCAAGAUCUUUGGGGUAACAAAGCUGCAGAGUUUAAUCCCGAUAAUUUUUUACCACAAAACAUUAAGAAACGUCAUCCGUAUGCUUAUAUACCUUUCUCGAAAGGGCUGCGUAAUUGUAUAGGUUGGCGUUAUGCUCAAAUUGCCUUAAAGAUUUUAGUGUUAAAUCUUGUUAGAGAUUUUGAAUUUUCAACUGAUUUUCCCUAUAGCGACUUAGUAUUUGUAAAUCAAAUGAGUUUGCGCUUUCUUAAAGAACCGAAAAUUCAAUUUGUAAAGCGAAGGAUUAAAGGAUAA